AUGAGUAUGAAAGUUUUACCCGUUAUGGGUGGAGGGUGGAUGGUGGGUAUGAAUAUAACGACUCGUUUGUUAAUGUUAUCUCCCUCAAUACUCAUACUUGCCAUCAUAUCAACAUACAAUGUGGUAAGCCUAGGAGCAAAACCCGACAGAAAAACCGACUCCACCAAUGCGUUCGUACUUGUAUGGAAUGAAGCUUGUGGGUCUAUAGGGAAAUCAACAAUAUACGUGCCUAAAGGGACAUACUUUAUAGGAAGUGCCCUUAAAUUUUCGGGUCGUAAUUGUGAGACUAUAUUUAAUAAUAUGGGUAUUACCCUUAGAAUAGAGGGUACCUUACUUGCUCCAACAGAAUACAUGGCUUUGGGAAAUGUAACACAUUGGAUAUCUUUUGAAUCGGUAGUGGGUGUUACCAUUACUGGCGGUUUACUUGAUGGUCAAGGUACUAGUUUGUGGGCUUGCAAGUCUAAUGCCUAUGGUAACUGCCCUGUUGGUACUACGAGUCUAGGGUUUACAAACUCAGAAAACAUUGUAAUAAACGGAUUAAGAUCAGUAAAUAGCCAGCUGUUCCACGUCGUGAUAAAUGGAUGUGAGAAUGUAAAAUUACAACGGCUAAAAAUAAUGGCGGCGGGAAAAUCACCAAACACAGAUGGGAUUCAUGUACAACAAUCUAACAAUGUUGAGAUCACACAUUCAACUAUUGGAACUGGUGACGAUUGCAUCUCUAUUGGUGCUGGUACUACUAAUUUGGCUAUUCACAAAAUCCUUUGUGGGCCGGGCCAUGGCAUUAGUAUUGGAAGUCUAGGAAAGAGUUGGGAUGAAGCAGGAGUAGAAAAUGUGACGGUAACAGCAGUAGUAUUGAAGGGUACACAAAAUGGUGUAAGAAUAAAAUCUUGGGGUAGGCCAAGCAAUAGUUAUGUUAAAAAUGUUCUCUUCAAAGCCAUCAAAAUGGAUGUUGUUCAAAAUCCUAUAAUUAUUGAUCAAAAUUAUUGCCCUAACAACAUUGGUUGUCCUGGCCAGGAUUCAGGAGUAAAAAUAAGCAAUAUAGCAUAUGAAGACAUACGUGGAUCAUCAGCAACAAAAGUAGCAGUAAAGUUUGAUUGUAGUCCAAUGUAUCGAUGUACAAAUAUUACUAUGGAGAAUGUUAGACUUACAUAUAAUCAGGAUUUAGCAACUUCUUCAUGCAAUAAUGCUGGUGGCACUGCUCUGGGCGUCAUUCAGCCAACUAGCUGCAUCGUCCAAACUGGCUAGCUAGCUAGACCUAACACCAUACGUUAAACCGCCUCUGUUCCACGUCACAUUUUUAAAUUCAAUGUGCGAAUUUUUAGACUUAAAUGUUGUAAAAUGAAUAGGA